CUCACAGCUUGCCAACUGCGAGCUCGAAAGCUUGAGCUCUCUGCGACUCAACCCUCGACCGUACCCGCAGCCAUGGGAGAUCCACGAGAAUCGUCAUCGUACAGCAUCACACCUCGAAUCCGAUACAAUACCAUCGGAGGUGUCAACGGUCCCUUGGUUAUCUUGGAGAAUGUCAAAUUCCCUCGAUACAAUGAGAUUGUUACCUUGACUCUGCCAGAUGGCACUGAGAGGUCUGGGCAAGUGCUAGAAGCCAGAGGUGAUAGAGCUGUUGUCCAGGUUUUCGAAGGUACUUCAGGCAUCGAUGUUAAGAAGUCCAAGGUCGAAUUCACGGGGCAGAGCUUGAAGCUCGGUGUGUCGGAAGACAUGCUGGGUCGUAUCUUUGACGGUUCAGGAAGAGCAAUCGACAAGGGACCCAAGGUCCUUGCAGAGGAUUACCUAGACAUCAACGGAAGCCCCAUCAACCCAUAUUCUCGAGUUUACCCCGAAGAAAUGAUCGCGACGGGUAUUUCUGCCAUCGAUACUAUGAACUCCAUCGCUCGUGGACAGAAGAUUCCUAUCUUUUCCGCUUCCGGUCUGCCACACAACGAAAUCGCUGCCCAGAUUUGUCGACAGGCUGGUUUGGUCCAAAAGCAAGGCGUAACGAACAAGGGUACACACGAUGGACACGAGGAGAAUUUCUCGAUUGUUUUCGCUGCUAUGGGUGUCAACUUGGAAACAGCUCGAUUCUUCACCAAAGAUUUCGAGCAGAACGGUAGUCUGGAGCGUGUAACGCUCUUUCUCAACUUGGCUAACGAUCCUACUAUCGAGCGUAUCAUUACCCCGCGUCUCGCGCUCACUACUGCAGAAUACUAUGCCUACCAGCUUGAGAAGCACGUUCUGGUUAUUCUUACCGAUUUGACUGCUUACUGCGAUGCUCUUCGAGAAGUCUCAGCUGCUCGCGAGGAAGUGCCAGGUCGACGUGGUUAUCCAGGUUACAUGUACACGGAUUUGUCCACGAUUUACGAGCGUGCUGGUCGUGUGCAGGGAAGAAACGGCUCAAUUACUCAAAUCCCGAUUUUGACCAUGCCCAACGAAGAUAUUACACAUCCCAUCCCGGAUUUGACUGGCUACAUCACGGAAGGACAAAUUUACAUCGAUCGCCAACUGGACAAUCGUGGUAUCUACCCACCCAUCAACGUUCUGCCAUCGCUGUCUCGUCUCAUGAAGUCUGCCAUUGGUGAAAAGCACACCCGAAAGGAUCACGGUGAUGUCUCCAACCAGCUCUACGCAAAGUACGCCAUUGGUCGUGACGCAGCGUCCAUGAAGGCUGUCGUCGGCGAGGAAGCGUUGUCCUCGGAAGACAAACUCUCGUUGGAAUUCUUGGAGAAAUUCGAGCGCACUUUUAUUGCGCAAGGCAUGUACGAGUCGAGAACUAUCUACGAGUCCCUCGACCAAGCAUGGAGCUUGCUGCGUAUCUACCCAAAGGAGCUGCUGAAUCGUAUUCCACAAAAAAUCCUUGCCGAGUUCUAUCAACGAUCUGCUGCUGAUCGCAAGGGCAAAGGAAAGGGCAACAAGGACACAAAGGAUAACAGUGAGGAUGCCAAGGCGAAUGGAAAUGGACAGGAGGAGAACUUGAUUGAUGCAUGAGUUUGGGGUAUGAGGGUAUUGAUGAUUGUUUGGUGUGAUUGCAUGUCGAUAUUUCACAGAGCCGCGCCGUUGCUUUCCAUUGAAGCGCAUGUAAGUCUUUCGCAGAGGUUGGAGCAACAGGGCUAGAAUGUAUGACUUAAGAAUUUGGCCCGGUCUCCGGUGCAUUUGGAAUGUUCUUGACGUGACCGACAUUCAUAGCUUCGGAAGAGGAACCGAAUCUGG